GGGGCGGGGUGCGGGGUAUGGAUUGCAAAGACAUCUGGGUCUGGAAAAGUGCAAGGUUUGUCAUGCAGGUUUUCCAUAACCCAUGAGGUCUGGUAUGUAGGACAUCGCAUGACAGAUUCUGCGAAGCCUUUCGUUCCAAUGCCUAUCCUGCACGAGAAACUGCCUCUCGAUUAGGUCAAAAGUGCACAGCUUUUGGCAAUCAUGCAACACAGUUUUUUGCCUGAUUCAGAUUUAGCAUGACAAGUUGCCAUCUUCCAGACCCAGACAUUUUUACAUUUGAUACGGGGGAGCUACACCCGGGGGUCCUACACCCGCCAGGCGGGGACGAGCUCCUACACGCGGGGCGGGUCCUACACCCGGGGCGGGGGCGCGGGCAUGACGACGUCGGUCCGCUCCAUGAGCCGAGCGCGCCGGCCCUCGGAGGUGAACACCGGGGGCAAGCAGGCCACGCAGGAGGACAUUGUGGCGCAACUGCACUCACAGCUGUACUUACGGUCAAAUUUGUCUGCCGGGGAGGAGUAUGAACUGCAAAUAUGUCUGGGUCUGGAAAGCAUGGGAUUUGUGAUGCUAGCUGUCGAUCACACAAAAAUCUGUAUUGCAUGAGAGGCAAAAGGCGCUCAGAUUGUUGCCACUCAAAGAGAGCAUUUCACAUGCAGAAUAGGCAUGAGCAAACCUUUAUUGCGAAAGCUGUGAUGCCAGCACUGCUGAAGCUUUAGAACCAGAUGGGAGUGCACGCCCGGACGGAUCAGAGCAUAAGGCUAUACUAGCGCUUUUUGAAAGUAGAUUUUACCUUCCCUUCUUCUUGCUUGCUCUUUGUUUUCCCCGGGCCCUACUGGCACCAAGCAGUAUUUUUUUUGGGUUGGGGCACGACACUUUCGUUGUCGUUAUCCUCUCGGGUUAUGAACAUUCUCAUAGUAAUUUUAGGUUCAGACCAUGCGGUUUGCGCUUUUUCUCUGAUCAGGCGGCCCCUACGCCCCUUCGCCACAUCUUCUUCCCUCCGAUCUACGUCCUGCUUCCGUCCCGGUCCGCCGAUAGGGUUUUAUGGGUCUAGGGUUUAGGAUAUUUGACUUUAUUGCGAAAGCUGUGAUGCUAGAGAAUGCAUCACAGGCAUCGGAGGCCAUGUACAAUUUGCAUGACAAACUCCCCAAAUCUUCCAGACCCGGACAUAUUUGCAUUUGAUAAGGAGGAGCAGAUCGAAACCGCGUUGCGGCUGAUGGACGACUGGUCGUGCGAUAUCGAAAGAAAAAAUAUCCUCUCCCCGUAUCGAAAUGGAAAUCUGUGAUGCAGGAUUUGGGUACACAAAUCGGAUUUGUCUUGCAGUAGAGGACUGCAGACAGAUUCACAGCCGGAGUAGGGACGUUUUGGCGUAGCCGCCUAGCAAGGCAGGCAUGUCCUCCGUAGGUCAUACAGCAUUGCAAAUUGCCCGCAGAACACGGCGGGGCUUUUGGAUUUGCCUCCUUGCAAUACAGAGACGAUUUGUGGCGUCCAAUCAGCAUCACAAAUUUUCUGAAGUAUCGCACUUUGGUAUGGGGAGGGGGGAUUUUUCCUCACAAUAUGCGACAUGCUGAUGGCGGCCGAGGUGUGCGACGUGAACGCCAUUCCGGUGAUUUUCCUCAAACUGCUGAUCUGCUACGAUUUGGUGGGCAUUUUGAACUUGGAUUUCGACCUGUUGUUCAAUUUCUGCAGUUUCGCGCAGGAGCGGCACCGCGCCCAGGUGCCGUUCCACGGGUUCGCGCAUGCCUGCAACAUGGUAUCACAGGAAAAAACUGUUUCACUGUGAUGACUUUGCAAGAUCUGCAUCAGAAGUUUGCUACACAUGACACUGAAACUUUGUCAUGCGCGCUUCCUAAGGGAAAACACGCUUGCAAAUCUAAUGCCUUGCAGUUGUAGCAAGACAAAGAGUUCUGUGUCCCAUUUUCUGCAUCACAAGUUCACAGUGAAGCAGUUUUUUCUUGCGAUACAUGGCGCAGUCGGUGCACUACUUUCUGCAGCACGGGCUGCUGCAGCAAAACCCGAACCUGAUGCCGUAUCAACAUGAAAAAUCCCCCCUCCCCACAUCAAAACGAAAUUUCUGAUGCUGGAUUUGCGUACACAAAUCCGAUUUGUCUUGCAGUAAGGCAUCGCAGCCAGAUCCUCAGCCUAGGUAGGGGCGUUGGUUUGGGUCUAGUGGUUUAGCAUUGCAAACGGCUGUCCUCUAGGCCCAACAGCAUGCCAAAUCGAUUCCAUAAUGGCGAGGAAGCCUCUGCGCUUGUCUUCUUGCAAGACAGACAUGGCUACUUGUGGUCUCAAAUCAGCAGCGCAAAUUUUCGGUGCCAUACCGUUUCGAUAUGGGGAGAGGGGAUUUUUCCUUAUGAUAUGCCGCUGCACAUGUUCACGCUCUUCUUCGGGUGCAUGACGCUGUACCUCGAGUACCCCGGCUUGUCGAACGACUUCCUGAUUCAGGUGAAGCACCCGCGCGCCAUCCGAUACAACGACAAGGCUGUGAACCAGUCCUACUCGUUGUCCUUGACGUUUACCAACCUAGCCGACCCGGAGCUGAACUUUCUCCUGCACGUGCCCAAAGACAUGCAGGAAGCGUUCCGCAAGUUACUGAUCGCCGCGAUUUUGAAAACGGACUUGAGCCAGCACUUCCGCGAGGUGAGCUACCAAAUGCAAAUAUGUCUGGGUCUGGAAGAGUGCAGACAUUUGUGAUGCAGUUUUUGCCUAGCUCAGAUCGUCUGGCAUGCAAGCCCUAGCAUCACAGAUUCCGAGCAGGUACCCCAAUGCCUAAUCCGCAUGACAAGUGCCCCCUUUCUGUAACAGGAAAUGGGGUCUUUUGCUGACCAUGCAUGACAGAUUUCGUCAUGAUGUAGAACUCGCAUCACAAAGUUGAAUCCAUCCAGACCCAGACAUAUUUGCAAUGCAUAUGAGCCUGUUCAAGACGAAGCUUGCCGCGGGCAUGGACACGCUGGCCUCGUUCGAAGAUGUGGCGUUGCUGCUGGCGAUGACACUGAAGCUCGCCGUAUCCUGAGUAAAAACGUACCCACACCAGAGUUAGGAUGAGGAUUUUGCAACACAAACCUAGGAGUUUUGUGAGUCACGCAUGACAAGUUGAGCUCUGUAGUGUAGUGCAGGCUAGCAAGUGCAGCCGCAUCACAAAUCCAGCUGCUCAUCCUGUUCACAGCAUCACAAAUUCCAAAACGCGAUUGGAUAUGGCUCUCAUGGGGAUGCGCAUUACAAGUCUUCCUGUCUUUGCAAAUCUGCAUUACAACUCUGGCGUGGGUACGUUUUUACUCAGGACACGCCGACUAUUCCUGGUGCUGCCGGCCGCUGCAGCAGAUGCUCCGGUGGAGCGAGAAGCUCCAUGAUGAGUUUUUCUAUGCACUGCAAAAGCUGCGAAACAGGUGUGAAUAGAUACCUCCAGGAUGAUCUGCAGAUAGCAAUUGCACGACAGAAGUGCUUCCACCGUAGAUGAUCGAAAGCUUGAUAUUUGUCAUGUAGUUCGCCGGGCUCGCACGAUAGGUCAAUUUCAUUUGAACUUUGAGGUGGGCCUGGGCUACUUCCCUAGCUUUUGCGAUCCAUACUUUCAACCAGGGGGACGUGCAGCGAGAGUUUUUUCCGCAGGUUUCCCCGUUUUGCGACCGCGACGCGACGGACACGUCGAAAGUAACGCUGGGAUUCAUUCUCGUCGUGUGUCAGCCGUUGGCCAUCGCCUACAAGCACGUCGUGGGCAAUGAUUCUGCCUUUCAGAAACACGUCUUGCAGGAGGGGCUGGAGGCAAAUCGGAGCUACUUGCAGAGCUGGGUAAGCUAGGAAAGGUGUUGACGAGGCUUUGAGUUAAUUGACUUGUGAAAUUCUUUUUUUGAAAGUAAAAAUAUUGUAGUGCAAGUGCUAGAUCAAGAUGCUGAUGUAGUUUCCGUGUACGAUCGUUUGAUUCAGUUUGAAUCCAGUAGACUUCAAUUUUGCAGCUACAUAACUACACAUUCUUUCAGUGCUGCUUUUUUUCAAUUCACCUGACUGACUCAGAAUAAAACAAGCCAAUUUUUGACAAUCCCCGAAUCAGUGAAAAACUGAAAACAAUAUCUAGAAGUAGAGAGUGAAGUAGUGAAGUUGUCGAGGACAAGAAAGUCGGAAAAACAAAAAAUAGAAGGGAUGCCGUAAAGUGAACGUGAAGAAACUGAAAGGCUAUAAAGGAGACGGAUGAUUGAAGUCAACAUUAUCGGAUUUUUUUUGAAGACCUGUUGGAGCACUGAACUCAAAUGGCAAUGCGACUUCAACAACAUUCGCACAAGACGAAGACUCUCAAGAACAAGAGCCGCGAUACAAACGGUGCACACGACAGGUCGGAAAUAAAGCUAGCGGCCUCGGUAAUCGUCCGCGAAGAUCGUCUCUGAAGGCUU